AUGUCGUCGAGAUACAGUGCGGCGCGACCAAAGCGCGCUGGAGAGGCGUACGCACGAGCACACCAUGGCGAGACUGGCCCCGACUCCAAAAAGGUCAAGUUUGACGUGCGCAACCCCUCGGCUCUUGCCCCAGAUGCUGCCGAGGAUGGUGAGGACGGGGCUGAUGCCUACCUAGAGGUAGAUGCUGAGGUGAUACGCGGGAGUGCCGCGACCAAACGUGGCGCUGUCAACAUUGACGGCUACGACUCUGACUCUGACCGCGAGGAGCUGGGUGUACGCAGGACAGAGAAAAAGCCGGAUAAGAAUGUUGAUGAUGUCGACGACAUGUUUGCCGACGAGGAUGGAGAUGAAAAGGACGACGAAGUUGACUACUCCACCGGCAAGAAGAGCAAGGAAGUCCGCUUCCUCGACAGUGCUGACAUUGACGGCCAAGACUUGAGAUCCAAGGGUGGAGGCACCAUCCGGCUAGACGAAGAGUCUGAUGACGAGGACGAUGAGGAGACGGUUGCUCUUGCCAUCCAAGAAGAAGAUAUUGACGAGGAAGUCGGUGCUGGAGGACUGAAGAAGCAUGCGCCCAAGGUUGAGGCUUUCAAUCUGAAGGCAGAGGCCGAGGAGGGUCGCUUUGACGAGGCUGGCAACUUUGUCCGUAAAGCAGCAGACAAGGAUGCCCAGCAUGAUCGCUGGCUGGAGGGCCUCAGCAAAAAGGAUAUGAAAAAGGCUGCCGAGGCCCACGAAAAACGCGAAGCCGAAUUGCGGCAAAAGAGGCGGGAAGACGAUGACAUCUUGACCUCGGAUUUGCUGAAGCAAUUGAUCCUCCGACUAGAGCCCAGCGAAACCGCCCUGGAAGCACUUGCGCGACUCGGCAAGGGCCAGGCCAAAACCAAAAAGGUUCCCAAAUGGAAACAGAAGAAGCAGAAACAAAAGGAUGAUGCCAUGGAUGUUGACGCCGAGAAACAACCAGAAGAUCCCGAGCAGGCCCGUAUCAAGGAGGCCAUCGACGACAUUACGGAUGCUUCCGACAAGCUACUUGGUCGGGAAAGACCUGACAUUUAUGACAGGGAACGAGAGCUCCUCAUUCGUGAAUGGAGUAGGGAGACCCAAGAACGAUGGGUUGAGCCUGAAGUUGUAAAGGAAGAAACACCGGCUACCAAGAUGUGGGAGUAUCGAUGGAUAGAUGGUAGAGAUGAAGCAGCCAAACAGGGACCGUAUGAUGGUCCGACAAUGAAGGCCUGGCAGGAUGCUGGCUAUUUUGGAGAAGGUGUCGAAUUUAGAGAGGUUGGCAGCGAGACUUGGUCAAGGAUUGUAAGCUUCGUAUGA